AUGGUCGACUCCCCUUCUGAGGUUAUGAUUCAAGAUGAACAACUCGAAUCAGCCACCCAUCUCGGUUUGCUCGAUCUACCGACGGAGUUAAUUCUCUCGAUCUUGAGAGAAGUGCCCAACCCGACUUUGCAAGACUGCACCAGGGUGUCGCAUUUGUUCAAUCGUCUUGCAGUCACUGUUCUGCUCGAAAAAGAAGGGAUUCGGGACCCCGCCCAGCUUUGCAGGUUGAGGCUUUAUACAUAUCCGAAGAAGAACACAGAUAUCAACCCUUUAUCUGCUCUUCUCGCCAGCACGACUCUUCAGAAUUUUAAGCACCUCACUGUCCAGCUGUCGCGUACCCAGCAUUGGCCUUCCGCCCUUGCCGAUGGCGUCCGUACCCUUCGCCAACUACACCGCCUACUCAUGAAACUCUCCUCCAUUGACGACUUCAGUCUCACUUUGAAUAUCCUCGGAACCCGCCCUCUUGAUGACGCAGAACUUAAACGGUCUUCUGCCGUUUUGGAGGACUUGCUCAACACAGCGGUUGAAAAGUCAUGUCAAGGCUUGAAGAUAGCCAAUAUGGGGCUUCCUUUCAGCAGAUGCUACGCGUUCUCCGAGUCAUCGGGGAAGGAUAAUCUUGUCCCCACUGGUGGUCUUCUUAAAACCCUUCGAAAGCGGCUUAAGCGUCAAAGCAUUUCGGGUGCUGUCAAGGACAAUAAUAAUGCGAUGGACAAUGAUACCGGGAGAUAUGAGAGGGUGGGAGGGCGAGAGCGUGUGCUUUUCAGUUGUUCACCAGCCGCCCUGCAGAACACCAAGGUUAAACGCCUUACCAUCGGCACGGCGGACAUGCUAUUCCCACCAUGCUCUAAUUGGACGUUCCCCAUGAUGAAACACUCUCCCAUCACGACAUUCACCCUCACUUUGAAUUGGAACGGGCCUCUUGAAAAGAAGGUACCCGAAGCUGAGUUCUCCUUAACAUUCGCUCGACUCGUCGACUCGUUGCCUGAAGUUUCCGGCCUCUACCUCAUCGACGGCAGCGUACCAACCAUCCUCAGCGCCCUCCCGUGGAUGAAUCAAUUUGGCCUUCUCAUAAAUCUACAAUUUUUCAUCCGGUCCGGGACCAAGAUUGAUGAACGGCUAACAGAAUCCCUGGACUCAUUUUCAUUGGAUCUUCCUGAACUUCACUGGCUUUACGGCCCACAUGAGAUAAUCACAUUUAUCUUUUCCCAUCCCGUGAAACUUCCACGACUUCGAUCUGUUGGCUUAUCAUUUUCCUAUAAAACAGUCGGAUGUCCCCUGGACAUACUAUCCAUUGCAGAAAUUCUAGGCAACCUCCGUCGCCGGGUCCAACAAUCUCACCCACUAGUGACCUUUUUCGUAGAGCUCGAGUUCGACUCGAAUUUCUUCGGAAUACAUUCUUCUCUGAUUAACGGAAUCCCGCCAGAGCUGACGGAAUGGGAAGAGGAGCUCGCCACCCUUUCUCGGCUGACGAUAGUGGUACCUGGACCUUCGAUGAUGACUGAAAGGUUUUAUCCUCGAAUUCUGGGUUGCUUGACAUUGUUCCCAGGCCUGACAAGGCUCGGGUUGCAGACCGCGCCAAGGCUGGUGGAGUUGUAUCCUCCUCUGGUGAUUAAGAGGUGGAUUUUGGAUGGGAUUAAGCGGCGAUGCCCGAAGCUGGUGGAUAUCCAUGCUUAUGAAGAGAUCAAUUUGCUUCCCAUGCCAAAGGAAGGCGCUUGAAGGUCGUCGUGACGCGCACAAACGCUGUCAUUGAACUCGCUUUUUUCUUUCCCUGCAGACAUCUUAGUGUGUUUUCUUUUUGCUUAUGGCUUUUACGAAUCCUGGCCAGGAGCCAUGGAUAUAUCUAACGUUAUUUCUUUCUGAUGGUUGCAUCUCACCGUAAUUCAAUGGUGUGAGUGGGAACAAAAAAGUACAUCCAA